AUGUCCAACAGAGACGCUCUUUGGAGCAGCGGCAAGGAUGAAACAGUCGAGGUCAACCAAAGAGCUCUCAUUGACAUGAGCACACCGCGCACGCCCGUCCCAAGGUCGAUUACUAACCCUCCAGUUUUCCGUGAACUUCUGCAGAAUGCUGACGAUGCGGGAGCUCAACACGUUCUGGUCAAGUUCUACACGCAGCCUGGAAUAGAAGCGCACGAGCGAGGAGAGCAGACGCCGCUGCCUGAUGCCAAGCGCGACAAUAUUGUACGGUACGUCGUUUGCAACGACGGUAUCCCUUUCCGGCCAGAGGACUGGCACCGUCUCAAGAAGAUCGCCGAGGGCAAUCCGGACGAAGAGAAGAUCGGAGCCAAAUGGAUGGGCUUUUACUGGAAGGACGGGAAGGAUCAGUUGCUGGCCCGCUCUGGUGACCUCCCGCCAGCCUCGAGCGGAGCAACGGUUGAGCCAUCGUUGACGGGCCACCCUUGGACGACUUUUUCCAUGGAACUACGUGAUCCAGCGCCACUCGAGGGGCCCUUAGAUUUUGCCCGCUUUCUAGUGACAAGUCUCACCUUCAUGCGCACAAUCACGAAGAUUGACAUGUUGGUCGAUGACACCAAGGUCCUCGAAGUGCGCAAGGACGUGACUGGCCAGCACAAGGUGUCCCGUACUGGGCUUAACACGACCAGUCAGAUGGGAAUGAUGAGGGUCCAGGAAACUGGGGUCACACCGCCACCCCUGCCUCCCGCUAUCGCCCGACCGGUGAAAGCCGCUGGUGGCUUCCUUGCCAGCUUUUUUGGAAGGGCGAAGGAGCCAUCUCCUACACCGACUCCGGAGCCUGUUGCUACUCCGCCAGUGCAAGACCUAACGGAGGUGGACGUCAUGUCUCGGCAGAUCAACACGUUCCACGCCGACGUCAAAGUCUCCGUGACCUCAAACUACGCCAAGGAACUCGAGCGUGCUACGAAGAAGGCGGCCCCCUCUCGCAUGCCCGCCAGUCUAGUGUUUUCGCGCGCGGACGAAUCUGAGAACAUCCUGGACAGCAAGUCUUCGCACAGUAAGGCGGCCACAACGGUCUUCUCUGGACUUUGCCCUCCGCUCGAUGGCGAGAAGUCAGCCCGUGUGUUCAUCGGUCAACCGACAGGUCAGACAACCGGUAUCGGCGGUCAUCUGGCAGCUCGAUUUAUUCCCACCGUCGAGCGAGAGUCGAUCGAUUUGGUGGACCGUCACGUCUCCCAGUGGAACCGCGAGCUGCUCUGGGUUGGAGGAUAUCUUGCCCGCCUUAUUUAUGAGCUCGAGCUCAUCGAGUGCAUGCAGGCGUGGGUGAAGACGACACCAACUGAGACAGCCGCGCGUACCGCAAUUUUGGCUCGCGGCUUGUAUGCUCUUCGCUUUUUCUCAUUCCGCGCCACUACGCCUUCCGCGGCUGUGGGGCAGGAAAUGGAAAGGGCUUUCUUCAGUUGCUCUCGCUCUAACAAGACCAUGCCGCUGGUUUCAACUGCCGGUAUCUUGGCCGUCGACAAGAUUAGAAUGCCGAACGAUCAGCUGCUGGAAUUCGCGCCAGACCUUCCCGUGGUCACGCCGGCGACUUUGACGGAUGCCCCCAAGGCAGUCGCGAGGCUCAGAGAGCGAGGUCUGCUUCAUGACAUCACUUUCGAGGACAUUGUCAAGCAGCUCGGGGAGCGGCCGCUGACGGAGAAGGAGAUGAUCGCCUGUCUGAAGUGGUGGCAGCAAAUCGCGGCUACCGACGGGUAUGAGGUACAGGCUCGCAAUCAUCUGCUCGAUGCGGCUGUCCUGAUUACCGACUCGUCGAAGGUCGUCCCACUGUCAGCAGUCAAGACUUACGUCAACCCGCAGGCGUCGUCUAUCCCGACCGACAUGCCGCUUCCGCCGGAUACUCUCCCGUAUUCGGUAACCAAGGAUCUCAAGGGUCAACACAUCACUCGCAUUUUUGGAUGGCAGGAGCUCACUCUGGCUCACUACGUUCACUUCCUGGUGAACCCGCCGAUGUCUGGGAGGUCCGGCUCGGAUCCAGAGACAGAUGUGCGCUUGUCGGCUGCCUUCGCUGAGCGUGUGCUCACCAUGCUCGGGCGCGCGUGGCAAUCGAUCAGUGCCACGCAGCACCAGGCAAUUGUCGCCGAACUGAAGAGCAUUCCUUUGAUUCCAACCAAGGCUGGCUUCAAGGUACCUGGGGAGGCUUACUUUGAGAAGAACCUUCUAUUCGACGAUCUGCCGACCAUCGCUCUCCCGAAGACAACUGCGAUUCGCGGUGGGCUCGAGAAGAUGUUGCUCGCGAUCGGCGUGCGCCGCACGGUUGACUUGCAACUCGUCUUCACGCGUUUGAUUGGUGGCGGCGAGUGGACCUGUCAUGAUCUCAUGAAGUACCUCGUUUCCGUGAAGGAUAACCUUACCACUGAGGAGAUCAACAAACUCCGUCACACCGCCGCCUUCCCUCUGGAACAGCCGGCCAAAACUGGAGCUGAGAAGCCGGCAACUGUUAGGAAGAUGCCGAGUGACCUGUACGAGCCGCUAGAUUCUAUGCGGGAGCUCGGUCUUCCGCUCCUGGACUGGGGAGACGUGAAGUGGCGCUCUAGCUCUGACGAGGCCCGCAUGCUGUUCGACCUCGGUCUGAGGAGAUUUCCUCAAGCGGAGGCUCUGCUUCGUAUUGCUGCUGGACCGGCACCCUACAAUGAGCGCGCCCUGAGGUACCUCCUGGACAACAUCGGCACGCACUACGCCGGCUUCAGCCCUGCUAAGUUUGCCUCCAUCCCCUUCCUCCCCGCCAUUGCCAACAAUGGCGCGCAGAUCAUGGCCCGUCCCGGAGAGGUCUUUACCAACAAGGACUGCACGAUCCUUGGCUUCUCCGUAGCCCGCCCUCCUAUCUCCAACCCGGACGUUGCCGCCAAGCUUGGCAUCGACUCCGACCCGUCUAUGGGUAUGCUCGUAUCCGCGUUCCUGAAAGAACCCGUGUACGACUAUCUCGGUACACGUGUGGGCUCUGCUAGUGUCGGAGCUCUGGCACCUCUGGCGAGGAAAGCGUUCAUCCCAGUGAAAGACGGCGAGAAGACCCGUCUCGCCCGCCUGGACGAGGUGUAUCUGGCCUCCAAGGCAGAGGUUGGGUCGCUGUAUGCCAACGCGUUCACCUUCGUUGACUUCGGACCUCGCGCCAAUCUCUUCCUCACGCAGUGUGGUGUGCGGUCUGAGCCUUCUCACAAGGGCCGGCUCACCCGAGAACUGAGGUUGCUUGCGGCAAACCUGCCUACCUUUGACUCUCAGCUCCUGACUGAGAUGAAGAGUAAAGCGUUCGUCCUUGGAUCCCAACUGGUUCCGAAGAAGAGCAAGAUCACUGGCAAGACGGUCGAAGGCGAGUUUGAUCGCGAGUGGGUCUUGUGCCAAGCUAAAGACGUUGUUCUUAUCGACAAUGCGCAGUAUUAUCAGUUCUUCGGCGACCAGGUCUACGCUGCCCCGGAGGAGCACCUGCUGGAGAGCUUCUACCGCUCGCUGGGCGCCCAGCCUCUGUCCACACGCGUGCAGCUCGAGUACGUGACUGCGGGGCAGCGUCCUCCGUCUGUGCCGGCCGCGACCCUGCGACAGCACGUCCUUGAGCGCUUAACAAUCUUCCUUGGUCACACGGGCCGCAAGGAUGCGCUCUUCAAGGCUGACUACCUGGCGAAGGGCGACCACUUCCAGGUAGUCGAGGCUCGGGACAUCAAGGCACGAUACACGCUGCGUUCCCCCACGGGAGUGCGACAGCACGUUGAAACGUUGUACGCCCAGGCGACUCGCUCCCGCUCUGGUAUCGUUCUGACGGUUUCCGUCACUGCCCCCGAGGACACGUACGACAUUGCUGCCGCGCUCUGCCAGGUGCUGUUCAAGAGCCACCGGGCGGAGGAUGCGCUGGUGCUCGACUCGAUUCUCGCGACAUCUCUGCUCUCCCUCAAGAAGCGCGGGUACAACGUCGACCGCAUUCUCAACGCGCAGAAGGAGGAGCGCUUGCGCCUCCAGGCAGAGGAGGCGAAGGAGCGUGAGGCUGCUGCGGCUGCAGCGGCUGCUGCAGCUAAGGACUCACACCCCGCUAACGCUGGAUCGAGCGCCGCCGGUGCUGCUGGCGGCGCUAUGGUUCCUGCUGCCGCGCGCGACGUUAAGGCGCAGCACCAGCAGCCGGAGGAACCGAAGAUGCCGGCCGAGGCGACCGAGCGCCUGCAGGCGAUUGCACAGGGUGGUAGAGGUGGCGGCUUCUUCGACACGCUGCGCAAGAUCGGCCGCGACAGUGGCCUUGUUCGCCGCACGUCCGGCUCUGGCGGGCCUAGCAUGCCUGGUGCGUUCGGGGGUAUGGGCGGCGGCAUGCCCUCCCCCGUCGGCGCGAGCGGAAGUGGUUCUGGCGGCCCUGGCCGUGUCGGUGGCGAGGGCAGCGAGAAGCACACCGCUCGUCCGACCGACGUCUCGGCCAUCCGGAACGUGGUGCAGAGUGCCGUCGCAGCCUCGCGUCCCGAGUCGAGCGGCACGGUCCAGUCUAGCAAGCGGAGCGUGCGCGACGUCGCAGAGAGCCAGCAGGCGUACUGCGACAGCGGCGCCGAGGCGAACAUUAAGCUCUUGCGCGAGGGUGCAGACGGAGUCAAGCUCUGGCUGCCCACCGACGAGCACAGUCUCUCGCCUCACGAGCUCGACGUCUCCCAGCGUUUCACCGAUCACGUUCUCAAGCCCCUUGCGCGCGUGUACGGCGUGGAGAACAGCGUCUUCAACGUGUUCUGGGACCGCUCCGGCCCGCUCAUCGCGUUCAACCGGGGCGGCGCCGUGUUCUGCAACGCGCGGUUCUACGACGCCUGGCACGACGCCGCCGUCACCGGUGGACGGGUGCAGGACGCAGCGAUCAGCUGGUUCUUCAGUCUGGCGCACGAGCUCGCACACAACCUCGAGAGCGCGCACAAUGCGACGCACGAGUUCUACUUCUCCUCGAUCGCGGAGGAGUUCCUGCCCAAGUUUGUGCUGGCGUUCUGCAAUACGCCCGCAGGCGAGGGCGAGGUGUUCAGGGCGAUUCAGCAGAGUGGGGUCGUCGACAUCAAGUAA